AACUUCCAGUUGAUUCUAUCGGUUGAUGAGUAGAACAUGAAAACGAUACAUGAAUUUACUUUCUUUUUUUCUUAAUUCUCUUAAUUGUUGUGAUAAAAAUGUCUAAAUAAGAAAAGUGAAAAAAUGAUUAACCCUUUUAAUCGAAAUGUUUUUUGAAAGAAAAUUAAUUUUCUUCUCGGUUUAGAAAAAAGAAAAGAAAUUCUUUUCUUUGGUGAUACAAAAUGAUAAUUUAAAAGUGUAAGAGAAAAAGAGUCAAUUAAAUGACAUAAUCAACUUGGACCAUGUUCUGCUCGCCAAGUCAAUCAAUUAUUGUCUAUUACAAUUUAUCAUCAUCAGUAUCAUCGUCAUCAGUUUAUCUUUUUUUAAAUCUUCUCGUUUCUCUGUUAAUCUCUGAUUAUAGUUUGAUAACUGCAACAGAAUUACUUUCAUCUUCAUUACCAUCUUUGUCCUUACAGCCACUUUCAUCUUCAAGCUUAUUAAUAUCAUCAUCAUCCUCCUCAUCUUCGCCCUCAGUCUCAUCUUUAGUGUCUCCUUUAUCUACUAAUUUACCAUCAUCAACUAUAGAGCAAAUAUCGGUGCCUACUUUGUUGACCAUCUUUGAUGAAUUAAUUGUUGAUCCAGGUAAAAGUGUAAACCUUAAAUGUGAAUCUAGUGGAUCACCAAUGCCAACAAUUAGCUGGAAACUUGAUGGCUCUCCCAUCAACAACAGUGAUACAUUUACUGUGGCAGAUUUUGUUACCUCACUAUCAUCGUCCGGUUUAAAAAAAUUGACCAGUUUUCUCAAUGUUACCUCGAUUAGUUUAAACACCGGUGGGUUAUAUUCAUGUAUAGCCACUAAUCGAGUAGCCAGUGCCUCUCACAGUGCUCGUCUCCAUGUUAAAGGUGAUCCCUUAGUAAAACCAAUAAAGGAUAUCCAUGUAACCAGUGGAUCAACUGUUAUCAUUAAUUGCCCCUAUUCAGGUUAUCCAAUUGAAAAAAUAUUCUGGUCAAAGGGUCCAAUACGUUUACCAAGCAAUAGAAGACAAGAGAUAUUUUUAAAUGGCUCCUUGGUUAUCAAUAGUGUCCAAAAAUCAGUUGACGAUGGUUCAUAUUCUUGUCAUGUAUCCAAUGGAAUUAAAACUUCUGCUCAACAAUUUAAAUUACUUGUUACAGCGGGUCCAAUGAUCGAUCCAUUCAAAUUUCCAGAAAGUAUCCAAGAAGGUAUGAGAGCCCGAUUAGUUUGUACAGUUAUACAAGGUGAUCCACCUUUUGUCUUCCAAUGGUACAAAAAUGAGGAGCUAAUUGAAUCACCGAUUAACGGAAUUGGUAUUAGGACGGAUGAUUUUUCUUCUGACCUAACCUUUAAUCGAGUCUCACCUCGGCAUAAUGGUAACUAUACUUGCAUUGUAAGCAACUCGGCUGCAUCCGAUUCUCAUACGGCAACAUUGAAUGUAGAUGUUCCACCUUUUUGGAAAGUUGAACCAAUUGAUGUAUCAAUUGUUUCAGGUAAAAAUAUAAUGAUUGACUGUCUCGCUGAAGGAUCACCUUCACCAAUAAUUACCUGGGAACGAGGAUCAGCAACUCCCAGAAGCUUUACCACAAUAGCAAGUGGACCUCAUUUCGAGGUAUAUGCUAAUGGCUCUCUACUAAUUAAAACAGUUGAACCUGAGGACGGUGGACUUUACCUGUGCCAAGCAAGUAAUUCAAUCGGCCCAGGAUUAAGUAAAGUGAUUACCUUGACCGUUCAUACUCAUCCUCAAUUUGUGACUAAAUUUCGUAGCGAAACGGUUCGUCUUUCCGAUGAUAUUGAACUUUCCUGUGAUGCUCGAGGCGAUAGUCCAAUGUCCAUUGAAUGGUUUCUCGAUAAGCAGCCUCUUGAAAAGGAUAACCGUUUCCAGGUACGAAAUCAAACUUGGCCCAAGCGACUUGUUUCCAGUUUAAAGAUUGAAUCAGCACGUCGACGGGAUUCAGCUCUAUUUACGUGCCUUGUAACCAAUUCUUAUGGUAAAGAUGAGACCAAUAUUCGUCUAAUUGUUCAAGAACCGCCUGAAUCACCGAAAGCUCUUCGAGUUCUUGAACAAAGGUCAAGAGAAGCCAAACUGACCUGGUCUCAAUCGUUCAAUGGUAACAGUGAGAUCAACAGAUUCUGGAUAACUUGCCACCCCAAAGAUUAUUCAUCUGGUGAAUUUUCAUCAUUUGGACAUCUUAAUAUGUCCGUUGACAAUUUAUCAAUUGAGGAAGGUCCAGUUUACAUCGUUCGUGACCUAAGGCCAUCUACGACUUAUAUUUGCUCCGUUAAGUCGGAAAACGAUGUUGGCCUCAGUAAACCAUCAAAUACAGUUGAAUUUACUACAGAAGAACAAGCUCCAGAAGGACCUCCAUUAAAUUUAAAGGCAAAACCAAUUGAUUCAAGAUCUGCCAAAGUUACUUGGAGUCCUCCAGCUCGGAAACUUUGGAAUGGUAAAUUGAAAGGCUAUUAUAUUGGCUAUAAAGUGACAGGUUCUGAUGAACAAUAUCUUUACAAAACCCUUGAGAUAAUCAAUAAGGAAGAUGAAAAAUUGAAUGAAGUUACAUUAAGUUCAUUGAAACCCUUUACCACCUAUGAUGUGAUUGUUCAAGUUUACAAUUCAAUGGGAACUGGACCAAGGUCAGAUCCAAUUACCGUGACAACUUUUGAAGAUGUGCCUAGUAAAGAACCUAAUUUUGUGGCUUGCUCAAUAAUAUCAUCUGAAAGCAUAUCUGUGACUUGGGAGCCUCCACCAGUAUCAACAAUUAACGGACUAUUACUUGGCUAUAAGAUAAUUUAUCGACCUCUUGGAGGUGAUGUUAAUAGAAUGAAAAAGGAAACAACAACCGAAAGUGAAAUUAUUCUGAAAAAUUUACUCAAACACACGAAUUAUUCAAUUGAAGUGGUUCCUUUUACUCGUAAAGGUGAAGGAAUCGCUUCUAAGGUCACUUAUUGUCGAACUGCUGAUGAUGUUCCUGGACCACCAGCAGCAAUUAAGGUAAUCAUUUCAUCAGGUGAUUCGUUAAUUGUUACUUGGAAAGAUCCAGUUGAUCGUAAUGGAAUCAUCACCAAGUACGCUGUCUAUUGGAGAGAAUUGAACAAUAAUCGGACUAAAUCUUCGGUAACGGUUCCUAAGAGUCGAACGACCACUUUAUUGUCGACCCGUUACCGAUGGCCUGAACCUUCACCUCAGUAUAAGAUAACCAGUUUGAAAGGAUUCGUGGCCUAUGAAAUUUGGGUAACCGCUUUUACGAGGAAAGGGGAAGGUGAAUCGACAUCUCGAGUAACCCAAAUACCGAUUGAAAAUGUUCCUGCGAAAAUAUUGGAAUGGAAUGAAACUUUCACCAUUAACGGUGCGGAAGUUACACCGUUAGUUUUAGGCUGCCAUUCGGUUGGACUUGAACCUCUCCAACGAACCUGGUCAAGAGAUUCUAGUGAAGAAAAUCUUAACAUUGAAGCUGAUGGAAGUUUAUUGAUCUCUGAAAUUCCAGAAGAAACAAGUAACUUUACCUGUUAUGUUUCCAAUGAUUUUGGAAAUGAUUUCGUUGUUUAUCACCUUGACCGAGAAAGUGUCUCAGCAACCGAUAAAACUUUAAAGGUUAAGGUAAUUUCGACAAGUCAUACAUCAGCUCAAAUAUCAUUCUAUCGAGAACCAAUGGUUACCAAAGAUUCGGUUAAAGAUUUUGAGCUUAACUAUCGUAUUAUUGGUUGGAAUGUUCAUGAUUGGCAGAUUAAACCUAUUUUUCGAGUUCCCUCUGGAAAUCAUUCUGUUUUAUUGGAUAAUCUUUUAUGUGGAACUUUAUACAAAUUAUUCAUGACCGAUUUAACAACAGGAACCAAAAGUGAUACCCUUACCUUUCAAACUCAAGGAUCAGCUCCAAUUGCUCCUAAAAAGGAGGAUAUUAUCAAGGUAGUUAGUAAUUCAUCAAUAUUCAUCUAUCCAAGUGCUUGGGAUCAAACUCUCGGUUGUCCAAUUACAAAGAUGCUUAUUGAGUAUCGAUCCUCAUCUCAUCAUACCUGGAAAAUGGUUUCAACUCCAAGUCUUCCCAAUGAAUCUGAACCGAUUCAGAUUCACAAUUUGAUUCCAAAAUCCAUCUAUUCAAUUCGUAUUACUGCUCAAACCCGAGGAUCACCUUCAACCAUGGCUGAAUAUGAUGUUCGAUUAGGUCUUGAAGAAAAGGAACUUUUUACCUUUGGUUCGGGUUUUCAACGUGGCCUGUUACUUGAUACCACUACUUUGGUAUCGAUUUUAUCAUCUCUGGUUGUUCUGGUUACCGGUUGUUUUGCAAUCGCUUGUCUAAUUGUUUAUAAGAAACAUUCAAUUGGCCUUUCAGCUAAACCAAAAUCGUCUCAUUAUCGUCGUCAAAGUUCAACCUCAUGUGCACCAAGUUCAAAUGAAGGUGAUGCCAGUGGUAGUGAUAAACGAUCCUCUGGCCUUCGAUCAGAUCAUACAAGUUCAGACCUUUUAAUUAAAAAGAAUCAAUCACUUUCAAGUAUCCAAUCGGUUAAAGAACCUUCAGUAAUUUCGUCCAAAAAAGUUCCCGCGAUCAAAGCGAUCAAAGGUAAUUCAUCAAACAAUUCAAUCAAUGGUGCAGGUAACGCAUCCGGAACGGGUUCAAAUGGAGGUAGUGGCCUGGGUUCUACUCCUGGAAUUGGAGUAAUUGGUGGAAAUAUAAAUAACCCCUCUGCUGUUAAACUUGACCCAUCUCGUGGUCCACCUUAUCCACCUAAAUCACCAAUUCGCGGUCGACUACCUCAGGUCAGAAUACCGACCAAACAGCUGGAAGAAAUUGAGAAAGAUUUGUCCAACGAGUACGACGAAAUUACACCUUAUGCCACCUUCCGUUUGCAUGGCGGCGAUGAAGGUAAUCCCGAGGAAGAGUUUAAAACUUUCAGUGUUCACAUCGGAGAACCGGGCUACAUGUACAAAGCGACCGUCGAUGCUGCACCGACAACCUCACGAGAUUACAAGACCUGCGGCUCAUCUAAAAGUCGUGAUGGUUACUUGUUUGGUGGCUUAAUGGCUACUCAAAGUGUAACCUCUGGUUCAUCGGCUCAAGAUGAACUUUUAUACGCCUAUGAAUAUGGGCGCCGUUAUCAGCUUAAUCAUCCAGGUCCAAUGUAUUAUGAUGAUGAUGAAGAUCAAGAUGAUACACUUGAUGAUACACCAACUGAUCCAGGGAUUAGACAAUUUACUAAAUCACCGCCAAAACCUAAUGAAAAACGCCAAGCCGCCUGUCUAACGCCGGGAUUACCUUCAACCGAUUCAUCUGAUGGUACCACUGGUGCGGAUGGUGAUGAUGUUUCAAGUGAUUCUUGCUCAUCGGCCGAUUCAAGUUGUGUCACCCCAAUUAAUCCUGCUCAUCUAUUACAACAUGCUCAAGGUGGAUUAUCCUACCUUAAUCGUGAUAAUAAUAACACUAAUCAUCCUCAUACUCAUCAUCAUAAUUUACGUUCAUCAUCAUAUCACAAUAGUAAUAAAAUUAAUCCAAAUAAUCAACUGCCAUCUAAUGAAAGUAAAUCAACUGAUAAAAUGAUUACACCAACAGAUGAGAUGAGCUCCUUUAAAAUUGGAUUAUCUUCAGAUGAAGACGAUUCACCUUUGACCGGUGGGAUCAGUAAACGGCCUUCCCACCACCGACGGCAACAUUUAUCAACCUCUUCCUCCGUGGUUUCGGCCAGUUCAUCAACAACACCCGUUUCAAUUUCCGCCUCAGCAUCUAAUCAAAUUGCUCCAGUUUUACCAAGACAUCGUAAUCAAGGUCGACCUCAUCGUAUACGCAAUAAAAGGCAAUUACGUUCAAAAUCAAAAUCGGACGAGAUUGAAUGUUAACUAAUCACAAUUAACAAAUUAUCAUCUUUUACCCUCUUCUUUUUUUUCAAUCUAAUUAGUGCCUUCCCUUGAUCAUUGGUGGUUACAAUCAAAUUGACUCAGGAAAUUUAAUUCAAUUGGAUUGAAAAAUUAAGGAUAAUUCAAUUCACUUGUCGAUUAACUUGAGAUCAUUAAUUGUGCUCUUAAUGUUAGGAUUUGAUUCAGUGAUUAAAUAUUCUUGAUUAGUUUUCUUUGACUUUAAUCACUUACAGGGGUUAUUAAUUUUAAUAACAAUUUUCUUAUAAUUAAUUGUAUCAAAUUUAGUUGGACUGUUAAUUGAUUGAAGACAAUUUAAAUUUCUGUAAAAAUUGAAAAGAAACACUUACGAUAUUGAUUAAUUAAUUAAUAUUAUUCUAAUCAGAAAGUAAUGGAUUUUAAUCUAAUCAAAUUGUUCAACUAAUUAUAGAAUCAAUUUCUAUCCAUUUUGAACAAUUAACAACGAAUCAACGUUGAACAAAAUAACAAUUAAUUUUAAUCACCACAAAUAAUGGUUACAAUUACAGUCACUAUCAUCAUCAUCUAAUCAAUUAAUUGUUUACAAUUACUAGUCAUUCAUACUAAUCAAAAAAUUUACCUUUGAUCAGCAAGUUUACGUUAAUUGCUUUUUAUCAGCCAAAAUUGUCUACAACAAUUAACUAAAUCACUGAAUCAAAUUUAAUUCUCAUUUGUGGUCUCAAUGCUUUCUAGUGUUUUUUUAACAAUUAACUUCAGCAACAAUUUAACAGCCAACUCAAUUGAACCUGUUGACCAUUAAUUGCAGAAAUCAAAUUUUCACAAUUAACAAAUUUUUGUACAUAACAAUUAACUGUCACCUCUUGAUUGCCGCCAUGUUUUUAAUUGAGUUACAAAUGUAAAUUCAAAUUGUACCAACUUUUUUUUUUGUCACAAUUGAUUUAAUCACAAUUGAUAUCUACUUACACUUAAACUGUUUCUACUUGUAAACAAUUAACUCUUAAUUGUAACAAACCUUUUCCCUUUUACCCACAAAUCAAUUUCUCACAUUUCCAAUUGUUAAUCAACAAUUAACUUUGGCGUUUUGUUUUGUUUUUGUAAUAUGUAUUCACUUUGUGUACAAAUUUUUACUAGUAAUUUACCAAGAAAAGUUUUGUUUAAUUUUUAAUUAUAAUCAAACAACAAAUUGAUUAAAAUGAAACUAAUAUGAAAUAAAAAUUUAGGAAACAAUUAACAAUUAACAAAUUAAUAAUAACAACAACAAAAACAAUAAUAAUAAAAAU